UUCUGGAGUCUACAAACAGUUAAAAAUAAAAGUUAAACUUUCUCUUAGAAUAGAUUUCAGUACCUUUAAUAAAUAGUCCGCUGAUGGGGCUAGUAUUUGUCGUACGUUUGUCCGACACGUUCCGCUAAUGUUAUUGUGUGACGAGUAAACCAAGGCGUUCAGGAAUCGUUGUGAGCCGAUCUGUUUGAGUAAGGGACGUCAAUCAGCGAUCGUCAAACAAACAGCCGUCCACUGGGACGACAGCCAGGAGGUAUAAAGGUGCCCGGUUGUCGUCUUGCUUCAGUACGACUCGGCGAGUGUGUCUGUGACUUGUCUUAGCUCUUUAAAAACCACAGAUCCUGGUUACGGUACUAGUACUACGGAAGAUAUUUUCUUUACAGAUCGUCUGCUAUUAAUGUGGACACGUGUAAUUAUACUUGAACUCAACAAUAUCAAGCGCGAGUUCAGCAUCAAGUAGAAAAGGACUAGACUGUUCAUAUAACUUCAGCACAAAACUUUCUUUGAAUUCAUAAAUUGAAAGAAAGAAAGAAAGAAAGAAAGAAAAUGCGGCAUUUAUUAUCUUUACACAACUGUCGUCUGCCAGAGGAGUCGUCUGUCCAGAGUUCCAGGGAAGGACAAGAAGUCCACUCAGGACCGAUGCGCCUGUUGCAGUCCGUCGGUAGCAAGACGAGACGGAUUCCAGUCCACGUGAAGGUCUACAGGAACUGUUUCGAGCACUACGCGGUCAUCAGCAAGGACCAGAUCUUCUGUAACCGCUGCACGUUCGUCAGUCUCAAACACUGUUUCGUGAUGCCGGGCGAACGCUCGUUAACCGAGCUGAAAAUCGUGUCCAAUGACUUUGAAGGCAACGCCAUAGUUCUAGAAGCGGAGAACGAGGAGACGAUGUCCAGCUGGUUUGACGCCCUGCAGAGUGAUAGCCCACCCAGCUCUCCGAGGAGAAUGUCGUCCCCCAACCUGUCCCCCGUCAUCCCCAGAUCCCCCAUUCUACAGACCCUGGAGGAAAGCGACGAGGGAGAGUAAUCAUCUUCAUAGAUGUUGUGUUCCUAAAGACAAGGUGUAUUUAUUUUAUACUUUUAUACUGCACAGAAACAUUUCCAGAACUCUGAACUGGAACUGGUAAAACUGGGAAAUGUUGUUGGAUAUCUGACUCGGACAACAUUUCAAACGGACUUGUUAGCAGUAUUAUGUUUCACUGUGUUAAUGUCUUGAAUACGUGACGGAGUGUGGAAUCGGUAUUAGAAAGACUAUUACGUCAAUUUUCUGACAUAAAACGUGCCACGAAAUGUCGAUACGGUUUUCUGGACAAUUCUAAUACUGGAUAGUGAUUCGAUGCAUUCUGAUAGACAGACUACAGACAUUGCUGGUAUCAUUUCUGAUAUACCACGAACAAUAUUAACUCCGUUUUAAAUAUGAAUUGGACAUCAUACCACGAACAUGUUUCGUACUUUUCGUUUUGAAAAAAAACCAACAAAAUGUUUAUAUAUUGUGUCAAAUGGUUGACGAAACUUACUGAAACAUUAUUAACAUUCGUUGAGAUUUUAUAAACAGUAUAACGUGAGUAUUGUUUAACUUUAUAAAUUAUACGAUCAUCGUAUAGGGUAUUUUUAAAAAGUGUUCUAAACCAUUCUUUUCGUACGAUUUUGUGCAAUGAAGGAAUUAGCAAAUACGUGUACAUAAAUAUUUUGGUUACUGUCAAAUGUUUUUUAUAUGAAAAUAAAUAUUUUGUUGUUUA